UGUGUGUGUCAGGGUCAUCUCCAUGGUCAGAAGAUGCAUGAAGCCAAUCACCGAGCGGCGUCCCAGAUCUUUGAGCGGGUCAACUCCUCCCUGCUGCCUCAGAACGUUCUAGACCUCCACGGACUGCAUGUCGACGAGGCCUUACUCCACCUGUCACAGGUGUUAGAGAGCAAGACCACAGAGUGUCAGCAGGGUGUGUGUAGGUCUCAGCUGUCAGUUAUAACAGGAAGAGGGAACCACAGCCAGGGAGGAGUGGCUCGUAUCCGCCCUGCUGUCAUAGACUACCUCAACACACUGGGCUACAGGUUUACUGAGCCUAAGCCAGGUCUGUUGCUGGUGUGUCUGAACUGAGAUGAAGCUGUCAUGUGACUGACUGUCCUUAUCAAGACACUACUGUCUCCUCCCCUCUCCCUGGAAUCUACCUCUACCACUUCCUCUCUCACAUACACAAAAAACACACCAUCCCCUCUCUCUCUCUCUCUCUCUGUCUCUCUCUCUCUCUCUCUCUCUGUCUCUCUCUCUCUCUCUCUCUCUCUCUCUCUCUGUC